AUUUACUGAUGGUGCCAAUAUUACUAAUGAAUAUUACACAACAAGAUUUACAAUUACCGAUUCAGAUGGUAACUAUCCACCAGCUACAUCUCCAGCGCCUCCAUCUGGAAAAAACCCCGGCCAAGAUGGCAAAAUAGUAUCCAGUUCGACCAAUUCGACCAAUUCGACCAAUUCUGCGCCAACUUCUUUAAUUAGUGGUUCGCCGACACCGACUUCUUCUAGCAGUGAUACGUCAGCUUUCUACGGUAGUAGUGUACCAGUGGUAGCAGGGACAAAAACCGAAUCAUCCAACACUAAACCGUCGAGCGUUAAAGUUACCAAACAAUCUAAUGUUGGUAAAGAAGCAGCAGAAUCGAAACCAAGCAUUACUGUUAGCGGCGCUUCUUCCUUAGAGAAUACUAGAAAAUUAAUCUUCA